UGCAGAACGCGACAAGGUGCAGACGGGCAGGAAGGUGGAGGACAUGCGGAAGCGCCAGUUCACCGAGGCGCGCACGCUGGCGCGCGAGGUGCACGAGUACCGCGGGCUGCUGGACGCGGCGCGCUCCGGCGACAAGCAGCUGCUCCGCAACACGCUGCGGCGCGACCGGCCCACCCAGAUCGCCUUCGGCGGCCAGUCCUUUGAGAGGGCGCUCGACCACCUGGAGCAGUCCACCUUCACCCUCCAGAAGGAGAUGGACCACCUGCGCUGCCUCAAGAAGCAGCGCGCCCGCCAGCUGCUGAGCCUCGAGACGGAGGCCAUGAACCUCCAGCGCGAGUGGCAGGCCCGGGCGCGGCAGCCGCUGCGGGAGGUGAACGAGCAGGUGCUCACGAGCCAGAUCACCAACUGCGUCGUCAAGCAGAACGCGGCCGCCUCCGUCAACCACACCUACCACAACAUCCUCGCCAUCCUCAGAAAGGACAAGGUGUACUUCGACGCCGUGCUGGGCGCGCUGCACGCGGACCAGGUGACGCAGUGCCGCUGCGUGGUGCGCGCCACCCAGCUGGGCCAGGCCGCCGCCGAGGACGUGGCGAGGCUCCGCGAGGAGGCCAAGGCCGAGGAGGCGGACCUCAAGCUCAGCAUGCAGGAGCGGGCCUCGGCCGUCAAGUCGCUCCGCGCCGUCGUCGACCACAACAAGCGCGUCGCCAGGAGCCACGUGCACGCCGAGAGCUCCACGGACCUCCGGCUGGUGCCGACCAGGGAGGACGACGGCUCGGCGGCGCUCCUCAAGGAGCUCGACCAGAUGGAAGGCAUCAUGCAGGGGCUGCAGGCCACCACGCUCGUGGCCUCGCACCUAGAGGUGCUGCCCAGGUUCGAGGAGCAGCGGAGACAGCGGCAGCGGCUGACUCGGCAGGUGGAGCGGCGGCAGCUGGCGCGCGACGAGGUGCUGGCGAGGCGCAACCACGCCACCCUCAUCCUGCACGACCUCAAGCACAACAUGAACGAGGCCGAGGAGGACUGUACAGAAAUAAAGACAGAUUAUUUUAUCCGCACUGCUUAA